CUUUUCCUGCAACUUGUUUACACCGUCCUUAUACUGGGGAGGCAAAGAGGGGUCCGAGGCGGGGCCGCCGGUCGCCUCGCGCCGCGUGCGUGUGCCAUUCCGGAAUAAUGGGUUUUGCACACUCGCGUCCUGGGCCCGGCGGGCCGUCCUCGCGCCGUGGCGGCCCGGCGAGGGGAAGUAGAGGCCGGCGGGGGUGGGGAUCGGGAAGCGCAGUAGCCGAGGCAUCCGCCGUGCGCCCCGCGAGCUGGGUUGGGUGGUGGGUGAAGGAGGAAAACUUGUGAGCCUGCGGUUGGGAGGGGGCAAAGGGGUACGAGAGUGGGGGAAGGUGCAACUUUUGUGCUGGUGGUAAAACUUUAAUUACCUCUAAAGAAAAAGGCCCUUUGAUCCCCCACCCCCACCCCAACCCUUUCUGGGCAAAGCACGGCCCACAGCGCGACCGUGAGAGAAAGUUUAAAAGCGGGUGGUUUCUUCCCAGCCGUCCCCGCGGAGGGGUGGGGGUAUCUGUUUGUCCGUCUGCGCUCGGUAAGAGGUGGGGGUAACCAGCCGCCCGCCAGGGGCGCGAAGACCGUGGCCCGUACACCACCCUUCCACGGGAGAAGACCUUCAGAAGAAGUCUUGGGGUUGACAGCAAUUGUAAAGACACCAGACAAUUAUUUCUUCACUGCCACUAGGUUCAAAAAUAAAUCAUGACUGAAUCUGCCUCUAGCACAAGUGGUCAAGAGUUUGAUGUAUUUAGUGUCAUGGACUGGAAAGAUGGAGUAGGUACAUUACCAGGAAGUGACUUAAAGUUUCGGGUAAAUGAGUUUGGAGCACUGGAAGUUAUUACAGAUGAGAGUGAGAUGGAAAAUGUUAAAAAAGCAACAGCUACCACAACUUGGAUGGUACCAACUGCACAAGAGGCCCCGACCUCUCCCCUGAGCUCCAGGCCCGCAUUUCCACCCGCCUACUGGACAUCUCCACCUGGAUGUCCCACAGUCUUUUCAGAGAAGACUGGAAUGCCUUUCAGGCUGAAGGAUCCAGUGAAAGUAGAGGGGCUUCAAUUCUGUGAGAGCUGUUGUCAGUAUGGCAAUGUAGAUGAGUGUCUUUCUGGAGGAAACUACUGCAGCCAGAAUUGUGCUCGGCACCUCAAAGACAAAGAUCAGAAGGAAGAAAGGGACAUGGGUGAAGACAAUGAGGAAGAAGAUCUGAAGUGUAGUCGGAAGAAAAAACCAAAAUUGUCACUGAAAGCUGACUCCAAGGAAGAAGGAGAAGAGAGAGAUGAUGAAAUGGAGAACAAACAAGAUGGAAGAAUCCUGAGGGGUUCGCAGAGAGCCCGAAGGAAAAGACGAGGUGAUCCGGCCGUAUUAAAGCAGGGUUUGCCUCCUAAAGGAAAGAAAGCUUGGUGUUGGGCUUCCUACCUGGAGGAGGAAAAGGCUGUGGCAGUGCCAGCAAAGCUGUUCAAGGAGUAUCAAUCAUUUCCAUAUAACAAAAAUGGAUUUAAAGUUGGCAUGAAAUUAGAAGGUGUGGACCCUGAGCAUCAGUCCGUGUACUGCGUCCUCACUGUGGCUGAGGUUUGUGGAUACCGAAUAAAGCUACACUUUGAUGGAUAUUCUGAUUGCUAUGACUUCUGGGUAAAUGCAGAUGCUCUGGAUAUUCACCCAGUUGGGUGGUGUGAGAAAACUGGCCAUAAACUCCAUCCUCCAAAAGGUUAUAAAGAAGAAGAAUUUAAUUGGCAGACCUAUCUUAAGACAUGCAAAGCUCAAGCUGCUCCCAAAUCGUUAUUUGAAAAUCAGAAUAUAACAGUGAUCCCAUCAGGCUUUCGAGUUGGAAUGAAACUCGAAGCUGUAGACAAAAAGAAUCCUGCGUUCAUCUGUGUUGCUACGGUAACAGAUAUGGUGGACAAUCGUUUCCUGGUGCAUUUUGACAACUGGGAUGAGAGCUAUGACUACUGGUGUGAAGCAUCUAGUCCACACAUUCAUCCAGUUGGUUGGUGUAAAGAACAUAGAAGAACCCUUAUUACUCCUCCAGGUUACCCAAAUGUGAAACAUUUCUCUUGGGAUAAGUAUUUAGAAGAAACCAAUUCUUUACCCACCCCUGCAAGAGCUUUCAAAGUGAAACCUCCACAUGGAUUCCAGAAAAAAAUGAAGCUUGAGGUAAUAGACAAAAGAAAUCCUGUGUUUAUUAGAGUAGCAACAGUCGCAGACACGGAUGAUCACCGAAUAAAAGUCCACUUUGAUGGCUGGAAUAGUUGCUAUGAUUACUGGAUAGAUGCAGAUUCUCCUGAUAUUCACCCUGUGGGCUGGUGUUCAAAAACUGGGCAUCCUCUUCAGCCUCCUUUGAGCCCCUUAGAAUUAAUGGAGGCUUCAGAACACGGUGGAUGCUCAACCCCAGGCUGUAAAGGAAUUGGCCACUUUAAGAGGGUGAGACACCUGGGCCCUCACAGUGCUGCCAACUGUCCUUAUUCAGAAAUCAAUUUGAAUAAAGACCGAAUUUUCCCAGACCGCUUAAGUGGUGAGAUGCCUCCGGCUAACCCAUCAUUUCCGAGAAAUAAAAGGACAGACACAAAUGAAAUCUCUUCAUCUCCUGAAAUCAGAGACCAGCAUGCUGAUGAUGUGAAAGAAGACUUUGAAGAGAGAACAGAAAGCGACAUGAGGAUGUCACAUGAAACCAGAGGUGCCCGGGAAGAGCCUGGCAUACAGCAGGCACAGCGUCGGUCGGCUGUCUUUUUGUCCUUCAAGUCCCCAAUUCCAUGUCUGCCUUUGCGCUGGGAGCAGCAAAGCAAACUCCUUCCAACCGUAGCCGGAAUCCCUGCCAGUAAAGUUUCCAAAUGGAGCACAGAUGAGGUAUCAGAAUUCAUACAAAGCUUGCCUGGGUGUGAAGAACAUGGAAAGGUAUUUAAAGAUGAACAAAUUGAUGGAGAAGCAUUUCUGCUUAUGACCCAAACAGACAUUGUUAAAAUCAUGAGCAUUAAGUUGGGCCCUGCUCUCAAAAUUUUCAAUUCUAUCCUGAUGUUCAAAGCUGCAGAGAAGAACUCUCACAAUGAACUUUGAAGACAGUACAUUUUGAAUACCAUCAGCUUUCUGCUUUAAAGCUAAUGUUUUAUUCAAAGCACAAGGACAGUAUAACUCCCAAGUAAGAAGUCUCCAGAACUCAAAAGAGCAAUGCUACCAGAUUAUUUAUAUUCCUCAAGAGACAAUAUAUAUGAAUUCUUAUGAGUGCUUGAGCUUUUAACCCCAGGCACUAACAGCAGUCCUCUUUAGGUUCUGUUCAAUGAGCUAAAUUUAUCUUUGUAAAUCUUUUUGAGGCUGGGGUGGGGGGAAGGGGGGACUUCAUUAAUUAUUUAUGGCUAUGGGGGGGUCAGAGUAAGAACUUUUGGCAUUUUGUAAACAUUGUUGAAUUCUCUUUCAUGUACACUGUUUCUUUUUCAAUACUUUCAGGAACCUUUUUAUAUAAUCAAACUUCAACUUAAACCAAAUUUGUCAAAACCUGGCUAAGUUUAGCCCAUGGGACUCUUACCUGUAUUGUUAAUUCUGUGCCAUAUUUUGAAUUGCAACAUUAUGCUAAGUAUAACUUUGCAAGUCAUGAUAUUGCCUAACUGCUUGUCAUAAAUUUGUUGGGGCUGAAUAGUUGUAAAGAUUACUUUUCUUUAUAUCAGUGUUUUUACUUUUGCACGUAUUAUGAAUGUUAAGCAAAUUACUUUUCACCAGCAUCUUUACUAUAAUUACCAAAAAUGUGUAUAUAAAUGAAAUUGAAAAAUAAAAUAUAUGAAUAAAUUA